AAAGCUGGUAAAAUUACUGAGAAAUGAUGUAAAUGAACUGAAGGGGUCGCCACAGGAGCUGCAGGCCGGCCAAGGUCCACGGCACGGGAGCGUCACGAACCCCCUCGCCUAAAUCGAUCCCACCAUGCAUCGUGCCGAUAUGGAUGACAAGCAACAUGUGAACACGUCGCUGCAGAAAAACUGACGUGACAUGUUGUAAGCGUGGCGAAUUUACUUGCAGCUGGCUGGUGGACACCCGUAGACACGCCUUGCCACGUCAUGUUUCUUGGCCAGUUGAGCGGCGUUGGGACAGGCCUCCUUCCCCAACAUCUGCCUGUCUUCCGGCUGGGAUUCGUCUGCUUCAUCAACGCUCUUCGCUGGAGGACAACUUCUCGUUUGGUGUCCACCUCCACCGGCCUCAUGAUGGAGCAUGAGCCUCCUUCCAAACGCAAAAGGAGCGCUGAGAAGAAGAUUCUAAAAGAUGAGAGUACGAUCAAAGGAUUAGACGCCGGGAGGGAAUCCUGCUUGAGGGACACAAGUCCACCUGGGACGGAUUUAAGUGGGGAUUUUAAGAGCACACACGUGACAAGGACUUUUAAGGACCAGAGCGAGAGCAAAGACGGAGGCUGCGUGCCACAUCCACACCGCGGGUCGGAGGAGGAGUCACCCGGAGCUUCCUCAGAGGAAGCGGUCGCGGGGACCCCUCCGCCCGAAAUUGAGCCGGUUGUCCGUCAUGCGCAAGGUUGGAAGUCGCUGCUGCCCAGACGCUGGGAGGUGUCGCCAGUGGGCGCCGCGCCCAGGUCGCCGCACGUGGGCGGCAGAAGGUUGGACUUCUCGGUGAUGUCGUACAACAUCCUGUCGCAGGAACUGUUGCGGGCCAACGGCCACUUGUACUCAGGUUGCCCGCCCGCCGCCCUGAGCUGGCGGCACCGGCUGCACAACCUGCUGGCCGAGCUGCACCACUACGACGCUGACGUGCUGUGUCUUCAGGAAGUUCAGGAGGACCACUUUGAAAAUCAAAUCAGGCCCGCACUACAUGCACAAGGUUACGAGUGCGUGUACAAGAAGCGUACGGGCAAGAACCCGGACGGUUGCACCGUGGCCUUCAAGACUUCUCGCUUUUCCCUGCUCUCGUCCAAUCCCGUGGAGUACUUCCGGCCGGGCGAUGCCCUCUUGGACCGCGACAACGUGGGCUUGGUCCUCCUCCUGCGGCCGUCUGGCGCCGCCGCUGACGACUUUGUGUGUGUGGCCAACACGCACCUGCUGUACAACCCGCGGCGGGGCGACGUCAAGCUGGCUCAGCUGGCCAUCCUUUUGGCCGAGAUCGGCCGCUCGGCCCGCCUCUCGGACGGCGCCGCCCGCCCGGUGCUUCUGUGUGGGGACUUCAACUCCACGCCGUGGAGUCCGCUUUUCGCCUUCCUCACCAACGGACGACUCGACUACCGCCACCUUCCCGUCGGCACGGUGUCGGGUCAAGAGAACAAUUCUCGGGGCCAGCGCCUGUUGGAGAGUCCCAUCUGGUCACCCGCUUUGGGCAUCAACCAGCGGUGCCAAUACGAGAGCACCAGCGCCUCGGCCCCAUCCUCCUCAUCCGGCGCCGCAGCUGAACAAGAAAGCUCCCAGCUGACGGCGAAAGAGGUCACGCAACGAGCGGUCGCCGACAAGUCUCGUAAAAGGUGGCGUCUGGAGCACGGCGUGCCGUUGCGCUCGUGCUACCCACCUUACCUGCCGCCGGACGGGCGCGGCGCCGUCACCACCUGCCACUCACGCUGCGCCAUGAUGGUGGACUACAUCCUGUACACGCCGCGCGAGUCGCUUCCCGGCGGGCGGGGCCUUCAGCUGCUGGGCAGGCUGUCACUGGUGGGCCAGCCCGAGUUGGACCGAGUGGACAAGCUGCCCAACGCGCGGCACUCGUCGGACCACUUGCCGCUGCUGGCUCGCUUCCGCUGGAUGGUGGGCGAGCGCUCGUGACGGCCACGUCCUGACAAAGGACAUUUCGAUGACCAGCCUUGAAGCAAGGCUUACAUUUUGAACAUUUUCCUGAUUUUUAUUUUUUUCAACUUUGCUGUUUCUCUCAUGAAGCUCGCUCUUUGUCAUAGUUGUCUUUGUUUAAGACAUUUAUAUUUAUUUGAACAGUUCUUACAUGUUUAAGGUUCUUACUGUAAUUUUUGGUGAUGUUAUAGCUGGUUGCCAUGUUUUAUUGUUUUAUUUGCUAAUGUAGUUAUAACAAUAGGCAUUGAUACAUAAAGACAUGUACUAUACAAUGGAUUGUAAAAAAAUGAGAACACAAAUAAAACAUUUUACACUUCAACC